AUGUCCCUCACCUUUGACAUCUGGACCGGUGAGAAUAACGUGGCCUUCAUGGGGGUGACUGCCCACUAUGUCGCCAGCGAUUUCCAGCUGAAACAGGCUGUUAUAGACUUCAGGGAGCUGAAGGGCUCUCAUACGGGGGACUUGAUAGCCGAUGAGCUCGAGGAGGUGUUGAGGGAGUGGGGCUUGGAGAAGAUGCUGUUCGCCGUGACGUGUGACAACGCCGAGAACAACAGCAGGGCGAUGCGUCUGCUGGCUGGUAUACCUGACGCCAGGCCGGGCUCACGGCCUAGGCACCCACCACUGCUUAGUCGCUGGAGGCACUUCACGUACUAUUGGGCCGUCUCCGUAAGGCCAUCCAUCAGCAAGGAGAGUCGGAAGGCAUGGGACACCAUCAGGUUGACGGAUGCGCGCUGGGACGACCUCGCUGAGCUCCGAGACUUCCUCACCCCAUUCGAGCAAGUCACCCUCUUCGCCGAGGGUUCCCUGUACCCUACCCUCUCAGCCGUUGUACCGCAGUGCAAUGCGCUGAUUGAUCUGCAGGAGAAGGCACAGCUCACUCCUGGCAUCUCCCCUCUGCGCUCAUCGCUGAUUACUGCUGCUCUGAGCAAGCUGGGGCGACACAUAGGGGGUGUGAGCGAGGAGGCAGCGAUUUCUCGGACCCGCGCCAGAAGCUUGCACCCUUCAAGCACUGAGCGAGGGCAGCGGAGAGGAAUUCGAGAGGGGCAACACUGGAGCUAG